AUGAAUCUUGAAUUUACUGUAACAGAAACAAUAGUCCGUCAUUCUGGCAAAAUCAAUGAAAUUCACUAUGAAUUUGAAGAAUUUACUAUUGAAAAUGUAUCUAUUGGUAUAACAAAGAAAAAAGAAAAACGUGGUAGAAUAUAUGAUGCAAAUAUAACACGAAAACAAUACAAUCAACUGACUCGAGACAUUCAUAAUCCAUUAUCAUUUGAUGAUUUUAUUCUUGUUUUACGUCCAUUUAUGAUGGGAUUUUACCAAAAUGAUGAAUUAAAACAAGCAUUUAAAAUUUUAGAUAAAAAUCAUUCGAAUUCAAUUGAUAUACAUGAUUUAGUAAAUUUUUUACCAAUUAUUAAUGAAUAUACAGCAAUUAAUACAUUGCAAGAUGAUAUUAGAAAAUCCAAUUUUAAUCUUGAUGGACAUUUAACUUAUGAUCAAUUCAGAUCACUUAUAUUAAAAGGUAUUGGACGUGAAAUGAUAUGUACUAACAUGCAUAAUUGA